AUGAGUGACAUAGAAGAACAAGAAAGGAAGAUUGUGUCCGAAUUCGUUCACUUGCUUGACAAGAGCAAGCAGCUAUUCAACGGGCUUAGGGACCUCCCUCAAUACGGGCACAAGCAAUGGCAGGCGUACUUCGGUCGCACGUUCGAUGUGUACACGAGGCUCUGGAAAUUUCAACAGCAGCACCGACAGCUCCUAGAUAUUAAAUACGGUCUCAAGAGGUGGCAGAUCGGUGAGAUCGCCUCGAAAAUCGGCCAGCUAUACUAUCACUACUAUUUGCGGACGAGCGAUACAAAUUAUCUCAGCGAAGCGUACUCGUUCUAUGCUGCCAUUCGCGCACGUGGAUAUUAUUCGAAGAUGGUUAAGGAGGAUUCCGGAAUGACUUACACACAUCGAUCCGAUCUGAUGGUGAAGAAACUCAGAUAUUACGCGAGAUUUAUUGUUGUUUGCCUCUUACUGAAAAAAGUGAAACUCGUCAAGGAUUUAGUCCGCGAGUUGGCGACUUUGAUAGAUGACUACACCACGGCCUACGAACCUGAAGACCAACUGGAGUGGAAUUUAGUCCUUGGAGAAAUCAGGUCCUUUAUCGAAGCCGACAACUUGGUCAAUAUCCUUGAUCAAGACUCGGUUCCUGUUGUCAUCAGCCACAGGCUAUCUGUGGCAAAUAGUCCCCCCGUCGAAAAAUCCCCAUCUAUGAUGGGUCCAUUUCUAUCUCUGCAAGAAGUCGUCAUAGUUGGAAGCAGCUGUGAUCAAUUGGUGGCUCCCCCUCAGGUCAAGUUCUCAGAAUUGACGCUCGACAUGUUCAGGAUGUUGCAAACCCUAGAACGAGAAACAACCUGCGGGGAAGCUACCGCUCUCCCGGGAGAUCUCUACGAUACUUCACCCGGAGCUCAUAGAGGAUUCCCUGAAAACGGGGAUUCGAGAUUCCACGGAGGGAAAAAGGACAACCCCCACAAAUAUCUGCUCUAUAGACCAUCUCUGCCGCAACUUCUCGUGUUUCUGGCAUCGGGCUUCAAAGAACUACCGCCGAACGGAGUGAUGCUCUUGUAUAUUUCGGCGGACGGCUCCUUCCCCCAACCUCCUUCGCAAAGUCUAGGACUCAAACAAGACGAAGACGAAUGUGAUGAACUCAUGCGCAACGAGAUGCGCAUCCGUGGACGAGUGCCUGACACGAUUCCCAAUGGAUUCGAACACGGCGGGGCGGCGACCAGCAGUAAAAGAGACACGGUCGACAUGAUAGCGGCAUCGAAACGUGCCCUCGUCCUGAAGGAACACAACUGCCUUUAUCCUGGAGACCUAUUCACCUUCACUCGGAAACCCCUCUUCAUAAUAGUCGACUCGGACAAUAGUUACGCUUUCGAGAACAUGGCAAGACUCUUCGGGCAACCUCUCGUGGUUCUCAUGUCAACUGCGGACGUUCCCCCAGUAUUCCGCGACCAUCAUCACAAGGGAAACCUCUUCACGCUGUUCCUCCAUAGUCCCUUGUCAGCUUUUUGUUUUGUGUGUCACAUAGUCGACAUACCUCUUCCUCUUUGGGAAAAGGGCCAGGCUCAUGUGCACAGGUUCAUGGGAGAGGCGUCCAGGGUUUUGAUAAGAUCGCGAUCGAUCGAUCAGGCAUAUCUUGCUCUUUAUGGAGAUGACUUCUUGAGACUUCUCAUGCUGCGUUUCAUCUUCUGCUACUGUGUCCUGAAGCUACAUCGACUUUUCAAGAUACCUGGAUGCAACUAUCUACCAAGAUCUUUCCCUCCCAUUCCUGAAAGCGAAGUACUCGAUCAUCCGACGCUGCGCAGGGGCGUGCUCGAGCUCGCCGGUGUCCUUGAUGUGCGCUCUCUCUUCACGGACAUCGGUGAAGAUAUAGUUCAAGACUGA